GGAAUCAACCUUACCGAUCGCUAUGGCCACGCUAAUCAAGGCGAAUUGGCGUGCGCUUCUCGACUAAAGUGUCUAGGCGCUAGGGCAUUUAUUUGCUAAGCUACCUGAAUCUGUUAAGGCCCGAGUAAUAUUAUAUUAAUUAAUGCAGAUAUGAAGAACUUGAUCGUAGAAAGGGAGUUCUGCGCGUGUCUGGAAUCCACAGCGGAUGGCGCCGUCGCAAACUUCUGCGUUAGCGCCACUGAGUCGCGGCUAUAUGCACUGACAAUCAACGGCUAUGUCUUAUGCUUCGCAAAGGAUGAAACCUUGACGCCCCUUUGGCGCUACCCUCUAGACCCCGACCUUCUCCCGGCCGACAGCGUCGCAGUUGACAGCCAUGCGGACGGCCCUGGCAGCAGCCGCAGCAGCAGUUGGGUUGCCUCUUUCAGCCAUGUGCUGGAGCUGGACGCGCUGUGUAUCGCCACCCGGGGCGGGGCCAUCGCGCUGCUGCAUGUGGGCGAGGGCGAGGAGCCGCACCUGGAGCAGGUUGGCUGUGUGGACGACGGCCUGUCCUGCCUGGAGUGGAGUCCGGACGGGGAGCUGCUGGCGGCGCUCAGCGGGGCGGGUAACCUGCUGGUCAUGAACCAGGCCUGGGAGCUCCUGUACGAGGGCUGCGCGCUGGGGCCAGCAGCCGCCACCGCCUCCGCCCAGUUGGACCCCGCCCUGCGCUCGGCACUCUUCACCGACGGCCGCAUCAGCUGGCGGGGCGACGGCAAGUUCUUCUCGGUCGUGUGCCGGGACCUGCCACCUGCUGCUGCGGCUGCCUCCCCAGACACCUCUGCAGCAGCAGCAGCAGUGGCCGCCAGCCUGCCGCCCUACCGUGUGCGCAUCUGGGACCGCUCCUCCCUGGAGCUGCAUGCGGCGGGGGAGGCGGCGGAGGGGCUGCUGCCGCUGCCCGCGUGGCAGCCCAGCGG